AUGUUCGACGAUUUCAUCGGUUUCAAUCAGCAACCCCGUAAACUCCGUCUCCCGCCCGUACCCACUACUUCUACAGAUUCCGACCCGAUUCUUGCUUCUAUAUUGCACCUACAAGCCAAGUUUGAUGUUUUAACCAAUCGCAUACAACGGUUAAAGAUCAACAACAAGAUUAACAAGAUCAACAAGACCAACAAGCACCCACCACGUUCACAGUCCAGAUCGUUGUUUAGUGCCCGUCCAUUUUGGUGCUGUUAUCACCAAUCUUAUGGCCCAAAAGCACGCACGUGUCAACCACCUUGUUCCUUCCAGCACCCCUUUAAACACCCUGGCCAGUCAGUAACGGCGAGGACUGUCUGUAUCCCUCCUCGCAUUAGUCGCCUAUUCCACAUCACCGAUCGUUCAAGUGGUCUACGUUUCCUCGCCGAUACGGGAGCUGAAGUUAGUUUGCUACCACAUAAGAAUCCACUUUCUGAUUCUGCUUCUUUCUCCUUACAAGCCGCUAAUGGUACCCGCAUCGCUACAUACAGCAAACGUUCCCUCACCCUUGACCUCGGAUUGCGACGUGCGUUCAAGUGGAUCUAUCCUUUGGCCGACGUCCAAGCACCCAUCAUCGGUGCAGAUUUCCUAACCCACUACAACCUACCUGUCGACGUGCAAAACAAACGUCUCUUGGACAUGCUUACUCCCAUCUCGGUUAACGGUUAA